AUGUAUGACAAGGAGUUGUAUGUGCUAAUCCGAGCCUUAGAGACGUGGAAACACUAUCUAUGGCCAAAGGAAUUUGUAAUCCACUCGGACCAUGAGGCUUUAAAACACCUCAAGGGUCAAACGAAGCUCAAUCAAAGUCAUACGAAGUGGGUAGAAUACUUGGAGUCAUUUCCAUACGUGAUAAAGUAUAAGAAAGAGUUGUAUCAAACUGAUGCCGAUUUUGGUGAAAUCUAUAUGAGUUGUUUGCAUGGUGCGAUUGACAAGUAUUUUCAGCAUGAAGGCUGCCUUUUUCAUGAAGGUAAGAUGUGUAUACCUCAAGGUUCUGUCCGGGAGGUGCUCAUCAAUGAAGCCCAUAGUGGUGAACUUAUGGGUCAUUUUGGAGUUGCAAAGACUUUAGCAAUAUUGCAUGAACACUUCUAUUGGCCUAAAAUAAAGCGUGAUGUCAUAAGGAAAUGCGAAUGA